GUCACUGAACUCUCUGGAUCCCGCCUAGUCUCCCUUCUAGAACCCUUCUUCACUUUCUUAGGGUUUACUUACCGCCCAUUUCCACUUCCAUUCGCUCUUCAUUAUCAAAAAUGGCAGCAGCAGCAACAGCAUUACAGGCUCGGUCGUCGAAGACAGAGUCGUACGUGGACAAUAAGCGUAAGGAUGAUAUCCGGCAAGCUAACAUCAUUGCCGCCGGAGCUGUGGCUGACGCUGUACGUACAAGUCUAGGACCGAAGGGAAUGGACAAGAUGAUCUCGACGGCGACAGGCGAGGUCAUUAUUACCAACGAUGGAGCCACCAUUCUUAACCGUAUGGAGGUUCUCCAGCCUGCAGCAAAGAUGCUUGUGGAGCUAUCGAAGUCCCAGGACGCCGCUGCAGGUGACGGAACCACCACCGUCGUGGUCAUCGCUGGCGCCCUCCUCAAACAGUGCUUCUCUCUCCUUUCGCACGGAAUCCACCCUACUGUGAUCUCCGAUUCUCUUCAUAAAGCCUCCCAGAAGGCUGUCGAUGUGCUAACCGCCAUGGCGAUUCCUGUUGAGCUCUCGGAUCGUGAAUCGCUUAUCAAAUCUGCAAGCACUUCGCUUAACAGCAAGGUCGUGAGCCAGUACUCUAGUCUGCUCGCUCCUUUAGCCGUAGACGCUGUAUUGUCGGUUGUGGAUCCUGCCAAGCCCGAUUUGGUUGACCUGCGGGACAUCAAAAUCGUGAAGAAACUAGGCGGGACAGUUGAUGAUACCGAACUCGUUAAAGGUCUAGUGUUCGACAAGAAGGCGAGCCACGCCGCUGGUGGGCCUACUCGUGUUGAAAAUGCGAAGAUUGGGGUGAUUCAGUUCCAGAUUUCACCGCCAAAGACCGAUAUUGAGCAAAGCAUUGUGGUUUCGGAUUAUACUCAGAUGGACAGGAUAUUGAAGGAGGAGAGGAACUAUAUAUUAGGUAUGAUUAAGAAGAUUAGGGCAACGGGUUGCAACGUCUUGCUGAUUCAGAAGAGUAUUUUGAGAGAUGCCGUGACAGAUUUGUCACUUCAUUAUUUAGCAAAAGCUAAGAUUAUGGUGGUUAAGGACGUGGAAAGAGAUGAGAUUGAGUUUAUCACCAAGACUUUGAACUGCUUGCCAAUUGCUAAUGUAGAGCAUUUUCGAGCGGAGAAGCUGGGGCAUGCUGAUGUUGUUGAGGAGGUCUCCCUUGGAGACUCGAAGAUCGUGAAGAUAAUGGGAAUUAAGGAUAUGGGAAGAACCACAACGGUGCUUGUUCGUGGAUCAAACCAGUUGGUCAUUGAUGAGGCAGAGAGGAGCUUGCAUGAUGCCUUGUGUGUUGUUAGAUGUCUGGUGAACAAGAAAUUUCUAAUUGCAGGUGGUGGUGCGCCGGAGAUUGAGCUUUCAAGGCAGCUUGGCGCAUGGGCCAAGGUGUUGCACGGAAUGGAGGGAUACUGCGUGAAGUCAUUUGCUGAGGCACUGGAGGUUAUUCCUUAUACAUUGGCUGAGAAUGCAGGGUUGAAUCCUAUUGCAAUUGUGACUGAGCUGAGGAAUAGACAUGCUCAGGGAGAGAUCAAUUCUGGUAUCAAUGUGAGAAAAGGGCAGAUUACCAAUAUCUUGGAGGAGAAUGUGGUGCAGCCCCUGCUGGUUAGUACCAGUGCAAUUACCCUUGCAACGGAGUGCGUGCGGAUGAUUUUGAAGAUUGAUGAUAUUGUUCCUGUGAGGUAGUUCUGAAACAAAGGGAAAUAUAUGUUAGCACUGUUAUCUUUUGUGUGUGUGAUCUUUGAAAGUAGCUCUUUUCCUUUAGGCUUGUUAUGGCUAAAGAUUUUGAAGUCUUUUUGCUAAUUGCUUGCUACUUUGCUUAGCAUAUGUAUCUGUUAUUUUGCUUUCAUCAGAAUCUUGUUAUUCUUUCUCUCUUCACGUGCAUGUAGACCUGAUGAGGUCUUCUUUUAAGCUUA